GCUUCUCUUUGUCUUUCUCUCCUCCACUUGUAUAAAACGAACAGCUCAGAAUCCAGAGCUUGCAUAUCUCCUCAAGCCCAAAACAAUGUUAAAAUCACAAGUUCACCAGCGUCACUACUCCAUCAAAACUUUAUUCCCACUUCGCAACCUAUUUCUCCACGGAAGUGACCGGGCUCUGCUUCCCCUUUACUCUUGGCCGUCGUUCAACAAAACAAGCAGAGCUGUUCGAGUUACCGCUGCCUUGAGGAAAGUAAAAGCGGUUGCAACAGCUACAGAGAAAUGUCUUCGUGUAAAGGCCAUUGUCAAUGUCACAGAAAGUGUAGGUGACAUAGUCACUCACCUAAGGCUAGACCGAGGGCUAGAUGAUAUACAAGAUUUGCUUGGUAAAUCAAUUCUAUUGGAGCUUGUUAGCAAGGAGCUGGACCCUACCACGGGAUUAGAAAGGAAGACGAUCAAAGCAUUCGCGCACCGGAUGGCUAACAAGGGUGAGGAUGUGAAGUACGAAGCAGAGUUUGAAGUUCCGAUGGAGUUUGGGGAGCUUGGAGCAGUUUUUGUGGAGAAUGAGCACCACAGAGAGAUGUAUGUGGAUGAUAUAGUCAUUGAUGGCUUUCCCAGUGGCCCCGUCAAGGUGAACUGUGCUUCCUGGGUUCACUCUAAAUUUGAGCAUCUUCAAAAGAGAGUCUUCUUCACCAACAAGUCGUAUUUGCCAUCAGAGACUCCAAAUGGACUGAAGAGGCUAAGAGAGGAAGAACUUGCGAGUUUGCGAGGGAAUGGCAUGGGAGAGCGCCAACGCUACGAAAGGAUAUAUGAUUAUGACGUUUACAAUGAUCUUGGAGAGCCUGAUAAAGAUCUCGGCCUCAAAAGACCUGUACUGGGUGGUAAACACUUUCCCUACCCUAGACGCUGCCGAACUGGAAGGCCUCCAUGUGAAACAGAUCCAUUGUCGGAGAAAAGAACCGGCCACUUCUACGUACCUAGAGAUGAAUGCUUCUCAGAGAUAAAGCAGCUAACAUUUUCGGCAAAGACUGUAUACUCAUUGAUGCAUUGCCUGAUACCAACUGUUGAGAACACAAUUGUCGACCCCGAUAUGGGAUUUCCGCACAUCAAUGCUGUGGACUCACUUUUCAGCGAAGGAAUUAACUUGCCUCCCCUCCAGAAACAAGGAAUUUGGAACACUGUCCUGCCUAGACUUUUCAAGGCUAUCGGUGAGGGAAGUGAGGAUGUGCUACGGUUCGAGGCCCCUGACACAAUGGCUAGGGACAAGUUCUUCUGGUUUAGGGAUGAGGAGUUUGCUCGGCAAACACUUGCUGGUCUAAAUCCAUAUAGCAUUCGGCUAGUUACGGAAUGGCCAUUGAAGAGCAAACUGGAUCCUAAGAUCUAUGGUCCGGCAGAGUCCGCAAUCACCACAGAAAUGAUUGAGCAAGAGAUCGUCGGAGUGAUGACGGUAGAGCAGGCUAUAAAACAAAAAAAGUUAUUCAUCCUAGAUUACCAUGACUUAUAUUUACCAUAUGUCGAGAAAGUCAGAGAGCUUAAAGGCACGACAUUGUAUGGAUCAAGAGCUCUAUUUUUCUUAAACUCUAAUGACACAUUGAGGCCACUAGCCAUUGAGUUGGUACGGCCACCAUUGGACGGAAAGCCACAGUGGAAACAAGUUUAUGCACCUUCUUGGGAUUCGACAGCCUGUUGGCUCUGGCGGCUCGCUAAAGCUCAUGUCCUUGCUCAUGAUGCAGGCUAUCAUCAACUAGUCAGUCAUUGGUUAAGGACUCAUUGUGUCACCGAAACUUAUAUUAUUGCAACCAAUCGGCGACUCAGCGUGAUGCACCCAAUCUAUAGGCUGUUACAUCCUCAUUUCCGAUACACUAUAGAGAUUAAUGCGCUAGCUCGAGAAUCACUGAUCAAUGCUGAUGGGAUAAUUGAAAACUCAUUCACCCCUGGCAAGUACUCCAUGGAGCUUUGUGCUAUAGCCUAUGACUUAGAGUGGCGAUUUGAUCAUCAGGCUCUACCUGCAGAUUUAGUUAGCAGAGGGAUGGCUGAGGAGGAUCCGAAUGCACCUCACGGUUUAAGACUAACAAUCAACGACUAUCCUUUCGCCAAUGAUGGUCUACUUAUAUGGGAUGCCCUCAAACAAUGGGUUUCUGCUUAUGUGAAUCAUUACUAUCCAAAUGCAAGUCUUGUGGAGUCAGAUGAAGAGCUUCAAGAAUGGUGGACAGAAAUUCGUACAGUUGGUCAUGCUGACAAAAAGGAUGAACCAUGGUGGCCUACUCUCAGAACCCCACAAGACCUGAUUGAUAUCAUCACUACUAUAAUUUGGGUAACCUCAGGUCACCAUGCAGCAGUGAACUUUGGACAAUAUGCGUAUGCAGGCUAUUUUCCUAAUAAGCCUACCAUUGCUAGAACCCAAAUGCCCACUGAGGACCCCUCCGACGAAGAAUGGAAUCUUUUUCAGAAAAAUCCAGAAGCUGUGCUUCUGCAAUGCUUCCCUUCUCGAAUGCAAGCUACUAAAGUGAUGGCUGUUUUGGAUGUGCUAUCGAAUCAUUCACCGGAUGAGGAGUACUUAGGAGAGAAAAUGGAGCCAUCGUGGGGUGAAGAUCCAAUUAUAAAGGCAGCAUUUGAAAAACUUAAUGGGAAAUUGAAGGAGAUUGAAGGGAUCAUUGAUGAAAGGAAUGCAAACGGCAGUUGGAAAAACAGAAGUGGAGCUGGGAUUGUACCAUAUGAGCUUUUGAAGCCAUUUUCUGAGCCUGGUGUUACAGGAAAAGGAGUUCCGUACAGCAUCUCAAUAUGAAGUAUAAGAUGCUCAUUGAACUUCUCUUAAGAGACCAUAAAAUAAAUAAGAGAUGUAAUGAAAUUUCCGAAUGUAUCUGCCAUAACUGCCCAUUAACAUUUUCAUCUCAAUUAUUUGGACACUUUUUUUAUUUU